CUGAUUGGCGUCAGCUAGCCACUCUUCUCCACCACCACCAGUCCACCGCGACGGCGGUCAAGCCCAUCCACGUGAGAUCACGACACGUUUGGACACGACGCCGCCGGCAGCCGAGGCGGCGGCGGCCACACGCUGCCAGCAUACUAUAGCUAGCACAGCAGCGUCCACGACGGCGUCAGGACCAGGCUGAUCGCCACGGUGGUAGAGGACUAGCGGUAGGGCAGAGAAGCCCGGCAGCUCACAUGCGUUCGGGUUCGGGCGGUGCGCAGCUAGCUUAGCUACGACUUGCAAUCAAUCGCCGCCGUUGUCUCGCCGGCGUCGUCGAUGGCGAGGAAGACGGUGGUGCUGUUCCCAGGCGUCGGCGUCGGCCACCUCGCGCCGAUGCUCGAGCUCGCCAAGGCCUUCCUCCGCCACGGCGGGGGCGCGGUCUACGUCGCCGUCGCGGUCGCCGAGCUGCCCGUCAUGGCGACCGGCUUCGCCGCCACCGUCGCGCGCGCCGAGGACGCCAACGCCUCCGUCGCCUUCCACUUCCUGCCCCCGCCCCCGCCGGCACCCGGUGGCGGCUCCGGUGAGCCCGAGCCCGAGCAGGACGUCCUGGCACGGAUGCUCCGCUUCCUCCGCGCCACCAACGCGCCGCUCCGCGACCUGCUCCGCUCGCUGCUGCCGCCCGUCGGGGCGCUCGUGCUCGACAUGUUCUGCGGCGACGCGCUCGACGUCGCGGCGGAGCUCGGCGUGCCCGCCUACUUCUUCUUCCCCUCCGGCGCGGCCGGCCUCGCCGUCUUCCUCGCGCUCCCCGCGAGGCGGGCCAGCAUGAGCACGAGCUUCGCGGGGCUCGGCGCCUCCACCGUCCUGUCGUUCCCGGGCGCUCCCCCGUUCAAGGUCUCCGAGAUGGCCGAGGGGCUCUCCGACGACGGCGAGGUCUGCCGGGCCAUCCUCCGCGUCGCGUCCCGGAUCCCGGACGCCCGCGGCAUCCUCGUCAACUCCUUCGAGUCGCUGGAGCCGCGCGCGGUGCGCGCGCUCAGGGACGGGCUGUGCGUGCCGGGCCGCGCCACGCCGCCGGUCUACUGCGUCGGGCCGCUGGUCUCGCCCGGCGGCGGCGAUGGCGAGGAGCACGAGUGCCUCCGGUUGAUGGACGCGCAGCCGGACCGCAGCGUCGUGUUCCUGUGCUUCGGGAGCAUGGGCGCGUUCCCCAAGAGCCAGCUCGCCGAGAUCGCCGCAGGCCUGGAGAAAUCUGGGCAUCGGUUCCUCUGGGUCCUGUGGAGCUCUCCGCCUCCCAGCGCCGCCGGCGAACCAUUCGACGGCGACGACGACCUCGACGCGCUCCUGCCAGCCGGGUUCCUGGAGCGCACCAGGGACCGGGGGCUCGCCGUCGGGUCCUGGGCGCCGCAGGUGGACGUGCAGCGCCACCGCGCGGCCGGCGCGUUCGUGACGCACUGCGGGUGGAACUCGACGCUGGAGGGCGUCGCGGCGGGGCUGCCGCUGCUGUGCUGGCCGCUGUACGCGGAGCAGAAGAACAACAGCAAGCAACAUCUGAACCCACCAACCUAGUCGAAAUCACCCAACUGAACCUGUAAAAAAAAAAACUACACCGCCAAAAGUACGAAGGUGGCAAAGCAUAAUCCACCUGACCAACCAACAACGACGGCAAAGCAUCCGUCCGUAGAGAACUCCAACCAACAACGACGGCGGCAAAGCAUCCGCCAUCGCAGCCCAGCGGGAAAAUAUCCGCCAACGAAGAGAGAGGCGGCAAAGCAUCAACCAAUGACCAACGCGACUUGAACGAUGUAGAGAAAACUAAGCGAGGGUAGGUGCAGAAGUGGAUCCUCUUAGAGAAGAGAAUACGACCACCACCGGUAAAAGCUUCCAAGACAACGCCUUCAGGGAGCGAGCGACGCGAAAGGCGCCGUCGUCGUCCGACCAAAAUGGUCUAGGUUUUCACCUGGAGAGCUCAUUGAAGAGGAGGGCAUAGGAAGAAAGAGUGACGCCUUCAACAAAGUGCCGAGGGCAUCGCCGUCUUCGGCCCGCAAGCAGACCAAGGCUUUCGCCUUCACCCCAAACCCAACCCUUUGAUGACAGCAGACGCCAUUGCACCGGAGAACAACGACACCACAAACAGGGCAGCCAGCAGGGAAGGUCGGUGGCCGGCAACCACACCCCACGAGGGCGGCGCCCCCAGGCGGCGGUCACCCAGGAGCCCACGGC